GUUCACUUCCCGGUUUCAGUGGAGUGGGAAUCCACUCGACGCUGCCGGUUUUCGCAGUGGCCACCUUCAACGGGGAGGUUGGCGCGAUGGAUGAUGAUGCUCCGUUGUCAAACUUGAAAAAUGUGAACAUCAAGUCAUCAGCGGUUGACGAUAACAUGACCCUAGCCGCUUUGGCGCAAGCAAAGCCUAAGGCGGACACAAAUGGCAAGUCUACAGGCGGCAAACCCAAAGCAGGAAAGGGAAAGGGCAAGGCAAAGGGCGCUGCAAAAAAGAAAGAAGAGAGGCAAAGUUCAAGUAGUGACAGCUCCAGCAGCAGUAGCAGUGACAGCUCUGAUGAAGGAGACCAAGGAGAUAACAAGAAAGCCAAGGCAAAGGCCACCAAAAGUCAGAGGAUGGCACUGCUGAAGAGGGAAAGAGAUGGGCCGGACGAGGACGCAGAUGAAGAAGAUAAGAAAGACAAUCUGGUCAAGAAGCGCGAUCGCACACCCAAACAGCAGGUUGUAGCGGAUCUACUUUGCAGAUGGUGGUAUGCACUUCCUGACUGGCCACCUGACGACCAGGAAUUCUACAAGCCAAAACUUGAAGAGAGAAAGCUUCGGCAAGUCACCAUCCAAGAGUGGGAGUGGGUGCCAGAGGAGGAUGAAAGAGGUUUCAAGAAGGUCUACCAGCUUUCGCAGUUUCGUGGAGUCUUUCGCAACUCCUCAGGGGAAAUGAUUGAUUUGCGGCCGCAGGAGACGUGUCCAUGCUUUCAGAACUUCAUGAAGAAGGAUUUGCCCGAGCUCUACGACUUGCUGGUGAAAGCCUACGAGGGUCAGCUCAAAGAUCUAGCGAACUCCAAGUACAAUGAGGAAAGGUUCAGAAAGGAGCUGGAGGCUAGCCUCAACAAAACUCGUAACAAGAGCUACGAGGCCAAAAAGAUCGCGGGCCCAAAAAGAAGCAGGAUAGCUUGAGUGGUUGGACAAAGACCACCAUGCACGUAGCCUGCAAGUCGCACCUGCAGCUUGAAUUGCCAUGCAACAGGCUGCUGAACGAAAUUCUAGAGGUUGCUUGGGAGCGACUGAAAA